AUGUCGGAUUCCAUGACUGACGUAUCUCCAGCUCCUGAGGCAUCUAAUGGUGACCUUAACUACUCGGACCAACACUACUUCAACUCUUAUGACCAUUUUGGUAUCCAUGAAGAGAUGUUGAAGGAUGAUGUUCGUACCACUUCGUACCGCAAUGCCAUCUAUCAAAAUAGACACAUGUUCAAAGACAAGGUUGUCCUCGAUGUUGGUUGUGGUACCGGUAUUCUCUCUAUGUUUGCUGCUAGAUCUGGUGCCAAGCAUGUCAUUGGUGUUGAUAUGUCAAACAUUAUCCACAUGGCCCGUAAAAUUGUAGACUUGAACGGAUUUUCCAACAAAAUCACUCUUCUUCAUGGUAAAAUGGAGGAGGUCGAGCUUCCAUAUCCCAAGGUUGAUAUCAUUAUCUCCGAAUGGAUGGGUUACUUCUUAUUAUAUGAAUCUAUGUUGGACACUGUGUUGAUUGCCCGUGACAAGUAUCUCGUGGAAGGAGGUCUCAUUUUCCCUGACAAAGCCACCAUCUAUGCUGCUGCCAUUGAAGACGGCGAUUACAAGGAGGAGAAGAUUGGCUUCUGGAACGAUGUCUAUGGAUUUGACUACAGUCCCUUCCAAGAACUUGCCCUUGCAGACCCUCUUGUUGACACUGUUGAGCUGCGUGCUGUGAUCACUGACCCCUGUCCUAUUUUCGAUCUUGACUUGUACACUAUUACUAUUGAAGACCUUGCCUUUUCCAGAGAGUUUAGCCUCAAAGCCAGACGUGAUGACAUUGCUCAUGCCAUUGUUGCAUGGUUCGACAUUGAAUUCUCCAAAUGCCACAAACCCAUCAAGUUCUCUACUGGUCCCCAUGCCAAGUACACUCACUGGAAGCAAACCGUGUUCUAUCUCGCCGACGAGGUUCUCAUCAAAAACGGCGAGUACAUCACCGGUCGUCUGACCAGCGGUCCCAACUCCGAAAACCCCCGUAACCUGGAUAUCACCAUCACACACAAGCUUGAGACCGAGGACGAAAAACGCAAGAGCGAGGGAGAGGCCCACUAUGUCAUGAAAUAA